UGUUUGAUUAUAAGUGUUAAUCACGUACUAUUUUUGUCUUUUCUUUUCUUUGUUUUUGUGUGUUUGGAUCCAACCCUGUCUGGAGUACGUUACUAUUCAGUUGACAUUCAUCUGUUUACCAGGUUCUUUGAUUAUGAACGUUGUCAGAUAAACUCAGCUUAUAUAGACAUACGCAACAUAGCGCGGACAAUGAACAAAAGGCAAUUCUUCGUGAGCUUAAUAGUUAGUGGAGUACUAGGUCUGGUGAUGUGCUGGUUUCUGAUAUCAUACCCAGGUCGACUAAACAAUGUAAAAGAAUAUAUGACGGAAAAACGGUUCAAAUACUUUGUUGACAACAUGAGACGACCCGAUGCCUCCCAGAUAUACCGCGACAGAAUUACAGAUCUAUACGAGAGCUGUGCGACCGUCACAAUGAGGAGGGUGACAGGAAGAACGCCCCGGUUCUUUUUUGCCAAGACCAACAAUAUUGCCUUUUGUAAAACACCGAAGUCCGGAAGUACGUUUAUCGGGACGCUUGUUUCCGCUCUGGAGUACAAAGGCGAACUCGGAAAUAUGUUCCACGUCAACAGAGAACGUGUUCAUGGUCGAAACGAAAUGGAUUUUUCUACUCUUCUUAAUCAUAAAUCAGAUUCCACGAAGAUUGUUCUUGUGACCAGAAAUCCAUACACAAGACUCUUUUCAGCUUUUAUUGACAAGUAUUUUCUUCUGGGUGCGUGGGGGAAAGGCUUGGCAAGGGUCAAAGAUAAAGGUCGUUAUAAGAUGGGAAACGGUUACUGUGGAUACAAUGUGUCUUUCCAGGACGUUUUAGAUUACAUAGCGACUAAAGGCACUGUGGAUGCACACACUUUACCUGUAACAAGCCUGUGUAACCCGUGCACCGUACAUUACGGAAUUCUCUGUAAACAGGAGACGCUCACCGCUGAUAUUGAACACGUGAUGAAUGUCAUCAACAUCACUCAAUCAAAACGACAGGCCAUUAUGAAUAUGAUAAAUGGUAAAAGUUUGAACGAUACUCUCUUUGCCUGGAUUUCCUCACAUUUGCAAUAUUAUAAAACGUACAAAAUUGAUUGCUCGGACAAGAUCCUUUUAAUGGAAAAACUAUGGCAAGCUCUACAGUUACAGGGGUACAUCAGCUUGACCUUGUCAUUUCCAACACGUGAAUUCAAGGUGAGAAUAAGCUCCUAG